AUGAUUUCCUCGUUCGCCGUCCUUUCGCUCGCCCUCUUCUUCUCCGCAACGGAAGCCAUUCAAUGUCAUACGGUACAUUCCGCGAACCCUUUUCAAAUAUCCGAUCAAAUUCCCCAAUUGAAGGGUCUCAAAUUCAUCAAAGGCACUUCUGUCGGCACGGCGACGAUCAAUUGCGACAACUCGGGCGCCUAUUGCUACAAUAUGACGGCGUCGGCGGCCGCUCUCAUCGAGGUGACGAAGGCCGGAUGCAGCAUGUGGAGGUGCAUGGUGAGUCACGGAAAUCGGAUGCCUCUUUCUGAAGAGCCCACACUUUUCUGAGAGACUAGACAAUUGUUGCAGUUUGCUCAAAACAAGUGCAUUGGAACCACUUUCCAAAACAUUCCGAUCUCGCUUUGCUGCUGUAACACACCCCUUUGCAAUGCGGGCGGAGAAGGCGGCGGUCAGGAGGCGGCUAUUCAGUGAGCUUUUUUCAUUUUCACCUGGACACUUAAAGGACAAGGGAACCCUCCAAGUUUAUGUUUCUGACUGAAUUGCUUCUUAUUGCCACAUUCACUGUCCGAGCCCCAACUUUCAGAAACACUUGUGAAUGGAACAACGCUUAGUAAAAGUUGUGGCCGUGGCCCAGAAAAGUUCUAGGCCUUGUGAUCUUUUCCGGAUUUUUUUGUUGCGUUCGGCGCAAUCUUCAUACGUUGCAAAACAUUCACACAAAUCAGCAUCCAUACAUAGUGCAAGAGCAUCAAACUGCUCACAGGGAAGAGUUUUCACGUCGGAGUUUCCUAGGCCACGGCCACAACUUCAACUGCACGCCGUUUUGUUCAUUGGCACUUCUGAGAGUCAGCAUUUCACGAGUGUAUGAGGCAAUAAGAGACAAUUCAAACAGACACAAAACAAUAAAACAAAUUGAAGGGUUCCCUGGUCCUUUAACCCCCCCAACUUCCAGAUCUCAAAACUCGGGUGGCUGGAACGCGGAGCCGGAGCACCAAGUGAACAGAGAAGAGGCUCAAUCGCGCUUCAACUCGGCCGAAUUGGACGAUGAGCAGCACGACGAGAGCUCUUCCCGAGCCGCCCGUUUUGCGCCUCCAGAGCCGACCAACGAAGGCGUCAAGCGUCUGAAUGAAACCGAGCUGGAAGCGGAAGAGGAGAUUGACGUGGCGCUGAUCUAG